AUGUGGAUUCGGGAGCAUCUUUACUUCAAUGGUUUCAGUAAAAAUUAUUUGAAUUGGAUUUGGCAUGGUGAGGCUGCGGAGAAGGAUAGAUUAAAUUCGAGUGUCAACCAAGAGCCAACUGAUAAUUGUCAUGAUGAUUUUGAAACUGUUAAUUUGUGUGAGGCAGCGUAUGAUAACCAUACAGAAAAUCCAGAAGCAUUUAUGAAGUUUUUGGAGGAAGCAGAGAAGCCACUGUAUAAGGGAUGCAAACGUUACACAAAGUUGAGUGCACUUGUAAAACUAUACAAUACCAAAGCAAGGCAUGGGAUGAGUGAUGCUCUAUUUUCAGAUCUACUAGCAGAUUUUGGGGACAUGCUGCCAGAUAACCACAAUCUGCCAUCGUCAAUUUAUGAAGCAAAGAAGACGUUGAGUUGUUUGGCUUUGAGUCAUGAAAAGAUUCAUGCUUGUUCUAAUGAUUGCAUCCUUUAUAGGAAACAAUAUAAAGACUGCGUAAGCUACCCGAAAUGUGGCUUAUCAAGAUGGAAGCUAACCAAGAAAAAUGUUGAGAAGAAAGGUGUUCCUGCCAAAGUGGUUUGGUAUUUCCCUCCCGUACCAAGAUUUAAGCGCAUGUUUAAAUCUUUAGAAACUUCCAGAAAUUUAACAUGGCAUGCAGAUAGCACAAGAGUUGUUGGUCAGUUACGUCAUCCGGUUGAUUCACCGUCAUGGAAAUUGGUGGAUCAUAUGUGGCCCGACUUUGGAAGUGAGGCAAGAAAUAUUCGCCUGGCACUUGCAGCCGAUGGAAUUAAUCCUCACAGCAAUCUUAGUAGUCGCUACAGUUGCUGGCCAAUCAUGCUGGCCACAUAUAAUUUGCCUCCAGACAUGUGCAUGAAAAGGAAAUUCAUCAUGCUAACGAUGCUCAUUUCAGGGCCGAAACAGCCUGGAAACGAUAUCGACGUCUACCUUGAGGUUCUGGUUGAUGAUUUGCAGCUCUUGUGGGAAGGAGUUGAUGGAGUUUAUGAUGCUUAUCGAAGGGAGGUUUUCACUCUUAAAGCAGUUCUUUUAUGGACCUUCAACGACUUUCUUGCAUAUGGUAACCUUAGUGGAUGUACUACACAUGGUUAUUACGCAUGCCCAAUAUGUGGUGAGGAUACUUAUGCAAAGCACUUACCAAAUGGGAAGAAAAUGUCAUUUGCUGGGCAUAGACGAUUCCUACCACGAUUUCAUCCAUAUCGGAGGCAAAUAAAGGACUUUAAUGGCAUGGAGGAACUUGGUGAAGCAGGUAGGCCAUUAUAUGGAAUUAAGUUGUUUGACAAGCUUUCAGACAUAACAUGGAAAAACCAAGGACAAUGUGGCAGCUAG